ACACCCCUUUGGUGGAAUGCGAAUAUUGGCACAGAAGGAAAGUGCCAUUUGCAAAGCGCAGUUGAGAUAAACAACGAAGCUUAUACGCCACUUUAUCAGCCAUUUUCUUCGUGAAUUUGAAUCUCAAGAUGCGUCAGACCCUCGCCAUCCUUCUCGUCCUCGCAGUCGUCGGGGCUGCCUUUGUCGAUGCCGGCAAGGCUGAUUUUGAACGUCGUCGCAUGGAACAGUCCAAGAAGAUUAGGGGCGGAAUGGAGAGAUUGAAAUCCAUCGACAACGGUUUUCUUGGAGGCCGAAUGGACUUCGAGACCGUCAAGGCAGAGGCCGAACAAGCGCGUCGCGCUGGAAUGGCAAACUUUCGAGGAAAGGUCAACAAACUCCAGAACCCUCACGCUGAUCAGAUGGACAAGCUUCGGACCAAGAUGGCCGCUGACCAAGCCAAGUUGGGCUCCAAAACGAAUUUCCGCAAUGACCGAUACAUGAAGUCCAACAUGAAGAAGGCGUUCAAGAGGCAACCAUAAACUUAUAAAAUCGAGGAGUUUACAUUUCAUCUGUAAAAAAUCCAUUUAUUUUAUUAUAUUUAGAAGGUGCAAGUAUUUAAACAAAAAUAACAAAACAAACAAACAAACAUUCUUAUGUGCCGUGUAUAUAAGCAAGGACUGGUUACAAAUUGCAUUUCUGGAUUUUAUUAUAUAUUUCGUUCUGAUUUUUCUACUUAAAGCUCAAUUUUAAAUUUGAAUGUAAGCACUGAUUAUGGCCUGUGCAGGACUUGGAAUCAUCUACAGAUACUCGAUGGUAGAGCAGUACUAACUAGUUAUUCGUAAUAUACCUUCUAUAUCAACUUUUUUUAUAAAUCAUCUCAUUUUUACCACUGAUCUUAGCGCUGUCUUUUUUUCUUUUUUCGUAUUAAGAAUUAAAUUUUUUUUUUUUUACUGGAUGUUAUGUGAAGGAAGCCACAAUGGUAGAGAAUUCAUUUAGUUUGAGUGGUUAAGUUACCGUAAUAUAUGUCUUUCGGCUGAAAUGUUAGUGUCUUUGCUUUGUUGCAGAGAAGAGAUCGAUGGGAUGGGUGGGGGGGGGGGGGGGUGGGGGC